CUUUCCUCUACGCCUUGGUUAGGACCAGCCCACCUAUAAGUCCAGCUGAUCUGCUCCUGAGGCUGACACAGGAUCUCAGGCAGAAUGGCGACAGGAUCAUUGCAAGUGCUGCUGCUCAUUUAUCUAACAUUCCCCGAGCCUACCCGCGCUCUAUCCGAAGCAGAGAAGGAGGAUCUGGUUAAAGCACACAACAAGUAUCGCUCCCAAGUACCUAAUGCAUCCAACAUGCGGAGAUUGAAUUGGGAUAAAGAUUUGGAAGAAAUAGCUGUUGAAUAUGCACAGAAAUGUAUUUGGGGACACAAUAAAGAUCGAGGAAGAACUGGGGAAAAUUUAUAUGCAGUUACUGGCCUAAUCAAUCUGCAAGAAGCAGUGGAGAAAUGGCAUUUAGAAGUUGAAUUUUAUACAUAUGAGACUAUGAAGUGUGCUCCAAAAAAGCUCUGUGGUCACUACACACAACUUGUUUGGGCAGAUAGUGAUAAAGUGGGCUGUGAUAGUCACAUUUGUGAAGAACUCCAAGGCCUGGAUUAUAAAAACGUGUCUCUUCUGGUCUGCAACUAUUUAGCUCCAGGCAAUGUAAUUGGAGAAUACCCAUAUAAGGAAGGAAUACCUUGCAGUGAAUGUCCAGAUGGAACCAAGUGUGUUGAUAAGCUUUGCACAUCUAUACUAGAACCACAGCCAGAGCCAGAACCAGAACCAGAAACAAAGCUACACCCAAUCACAGAGUCAGAGACAAAAUUGGAGCCAAUCACAGAAUCAGAGACAAAACUAGAGCCAGUCACAGAAUCAGAGAAGAAACUGCAAACAUUCACAGAGUCACAGACAAAACUAGAGCCAACCCCGGGGUUAGAGACUAAAUUGGAACCAAAAGUAAAGCAAGGGACUACUCUGGAGCCACAUGUAGAAGCAAAGACCAUACCAGAACUAAAGAAUGACCCAGAGAUGAAAUGGACAGUGAUACUACAAGAUCCAAAUUUGCAGCCUGAUUCAAAAUGUAAUCAAGUAAACACUGGGAAUUUGGCACUCUCCUCUUGUAUUCUGUCACUCAUCAUGUUAUUGGUUUUGUAUUUUGCACAAAUCUAGUGGCAACAAUCUUAUAUCCAGUAAGAUUUCCUGAGGUUCCCCUAAUGCAACAUCAUCCUAUAGAAGUUUGCAUUGGUAAACAUGUUGAUUCUAAAUAUACUAGUCAUUAAACAAAAAAAAAAUUUCUUUUCAAAUUCUGAUUCCUAAUAUAUUUUAGCUUGAUCAGUUUCAUUACUGGACCUUUUAAGAAAUUACUUGAAAUAGUUUUAGGUUGUAAUUUGAUGCUCAUGCUAAUCUUACCAUUGCUAUUCAGGUAGCAAAGUUGUUAACUUGUAAUAUGAGACCAAGUUUAAGAACAACAGCUGAGAUGAGCUUUAGAUCCAAUGGAAGACCAGAAGAUAUCAUGAAACCACAUUUUCGUUUUCUUUGCUGCUUCUUGUUCUUCACCUAAAAAGAUUUUUUAAGAACAGCUCUAUUUCUCAUUAAAGCCCUUAACAGCCUUAGUAAUACUGGAUACCUAGGUAAUAUCAGAGACUAAGCAUCCAUGUCAUCAAUUACCAUCACAAAUUUAAUUUACAGUUGUCUUAAUCAGGGCUGAUACUUCGGUUAGCUGAGCAGUGCUCAGUUGAAUGUUUCUUUAAUCAAUGAGCAGCAUAUGGCUCAAUAUUUCCGUGUGUUGCUUUGCUGUAUAUUUCAGUCUUCCUUGAGCAAAACCAUCACUACCAGUUUAUAGUUGUUUAAGUAAAUCAUUAAAGCAGCAACAACAAAUUACUUAUAUAGUAGUGUCUUUAACAAGCAGUGUUAAAAUGCCUUUCAAUCUUUCCUGAGCCAUGCCAAAUCCUUCUCCAAUCUUACACCAUUUUCAAUGUAGUGCAUGGACUUUGCAGGCUGCAUAUUCAAACUUUGAUUUCAAAGGAAAGACUUCCCACAUUUGCUUCUUCCUGGGUUGUAUUCAUGAACAAACAGUAUUUUGCUGAGUUAGGUGACAAUUGCUACAGCUUUAACAGCUUUGGAUAGUAACAUGUUAAAUUGAGACUUGGUUAACCAUAUUCUUGGUGAAUAACCUAACAAAGCUUACCUUAGAUCAUUGACAGGUAGGCAUACAAAGGUCUGUAGAUAUGGCAUGUGGCAUGCCCAUAUCCAUUAUGUCUUCCAGCUCAUCCUGAGCUACUUUGGCCAUGAAAUAUUGCAUUUCAAGGCAAACUCCAAUUAAUAGUUUAAAAUGGUUGUGUACUGCACUUUGUAUUCAAGACAACAGCCUUGAUAAAUGCCCCAAAAAUUAAAAUAAAAACUAUUUGACACCAUAGAUAUCAAAUUGCAACACUAAAUUGAAAUACUUCUUUUAUUCAAGCAUUCAAUUGCUCGUGAAGACAUUUGUUCAAUAAGAGCAACGACAUGCCUGGAACUGAUUCCCAGGGAUACUACUUUUACUGUUGUAUAAAAUCUGGAUUCUAAUGAAGCAAAGAUGUGAAAACUGCACAAUCAGUGCAGCACAAUUUGCAAAGAUUGUAAGGCAGUUCAGAAAUGCCAUAGCCCCAUUUGCGCAUUACUGUAUUUAUGCUGUGCCACACAAUGCACUCUUCAAAUGAAGAAAAUGGCAGGAUGAAUACCUAAAUUUGAGGAAAAGUGAACAACAAAAUCAGUAUUCCAGUAUUGGCAUCUUCAAUCUUGAUAGAUACAGACAGGAAGAUAUAGACUUUAUUACAGGGAAUGUGGUCAGGUGCACAAAGCGUUUUUUUAAAUCUUGAACCAGGGUCCUGAUUUCUGUGGUUAAAUUGUGUAGCCUAUCUCUUAACAGAUGCCUUAAACCAGCAAGAAUAGUAACAUAUCUACACACAAAAAGCAGCCCAAAUAAUUGCAAAGUUGCAGAAAAGUGUGUCUGAAUUCUGUUUAGUUUGACUCUUGUAAUCAAUCUCAUCAAAUAUUUUAAAUUAAUUUUCACUAUCAUACAAUAAAAUGAUUAAACUGUC